AUGAUCUCUGCUCAAGAAGUGAAGUUUCCUUUCCAUACUAUUCAUAUCCCCGCAAGCAGCGAAUGGUUCGCAUGCUCUAACACGGCAUUUGCGAGCUACGCUAUAAAGUUAGCUGGUCCAGACUCCAUAGUAGAUCCGACUCAAUAUGGAGGUAAAACUGUCGCAAUACAAAAUUACAAAGCAACUAUUCAAGGAAAAGGAUUUCAUGCAUUUGUUAGUGAUGCACAAAGAAAUGUUAUUCCUCGAUCUAUUUGUGGGAAAUAUGGCACUGCAAACGAAAUAUUACCAAUAGCAGCAUGCGUGAAAGAAGUCAACCCUCUGUAUGGACAAUGGUGUUUAGAGAUAUUUAAUCCAUAUCUCAACGACCAAUAUAUCGAUGUUGUACUUUCGUUUACUCAAAGUGUUUUUGUAGUAGGUUCAUAUCGAAAGGAUUCUAAUCAAGACGAAGAAGUAAAGAAAAAUGAUUUAAUAAACUUCCCAGUUAAUGGCAAUAACAAAAAGAGAAAUUUCAGACGAAGCAACAUACUUCGCUUGGAUCGCUCCAUUUAA